GCGACAUAUUUUCGUCAAUGUCAGAGCUCCUAAUUCUAGUUAAGUCAUAGCAUUAGCUUUUCUUUAACAGUGAAGUGUAUCCGUAUUUCCAGGCCAUUAGAAUAUCGACGACGAGGGAAUAUAUAAAAAAAAAGGGGGGAAAUAAUAUGCAAAUAUGGAAAGGAGCCCGGUUCACGUAUACAUCUCCGAUGGCGCGAUGGCUCCUCUCUCGUCCCUCUUCCACUAAAUUGUUCGUUGGAGGUCUCUUUCUCUCUUUGUUGGAUGCUGCUUUUAAUCUCCGAUUAUUAUACGUGGCUUCGUGCAUAUCUAAUUAGUGCUCUAUUGGGUAGCAUUCCAUAUGUUUGAGAAAAUGUUCCAAUGACUUCUUCACGUGAUGCUGCUAGCAUGGUUGCACUAUGUACAAGGUUACUCAAGUAUUGCAGCACUAACCUGAGAAGAUGAAGGGAUAUGGCAUCUAUCUACCUGUGGAGAUAAGGCUGUCUUACGACACCAAUGAAACAGUUCUGAAGGAUGCUUUUGAGAUGCAUGGAGAAAUUAUUGAAGUGAAGGUAAUAUGUGAUCAUAAGAGUGGAAAGUCAAAAGGAUAUGGAUUUGUGCAUUUCACUACAGAGAUUGCAGCGAGCAACGCCUUGAAGGAAAUGAAUGACAAGAUAUUGGAUGGUAGAAAUAUCCGUGUUCAGUGUGUUCACAAAAGAUGAAGGCAAAGGAUUCGGUCUAUGGUGAAUCAUUUGUUGAUUUAAAUAUUGUCUGCUUUCUCAGCAAUGAGAAGAAGAAUUCGUCACUGGCAUCUCUCCUUGUAUGCUUGCAUGGUGGUGGCCUAUAACGACAAUCAUCUAAAUUUGAGUAUUACUAGAGAUUUUGUUC